UGCUGUCAAUUCUGUGCGCUACAUUGUAUACUAUUUUUGAUUGAACAACUCAUACCUCACAGUAUCAGAUGUUGUAAUUUAACGUAGAUGUUGCCAACGACUUGCUAUUCUAAAUACCAUCGCUUACUCAAAGGCCAAACGCAAUCCUUUGAUUACAAUUAUUAAACAUCCUCAAUGAGUUUCAGGGCUAUCUGGGUAUGGUCACAUGAGAAAGGAGAAGCUCUGAAGUUGCGCUUUUCCAGGAGGUACCCUACCGUAGAGCGUCGAGCCAAGCUCCUCUCCGGCCCCCAGUAUGUGGCCGUGCCUGAGGACUGUGCGGUAUCGCAGCUCGUCUUCAGCAAGCUGGGGCUGGAGGAUCCCGACCGGCUCUACGUGGCCAGCCGCGAUGACUGUGUGCUGCAUCAAGAGUCCCUGGUGCUGGAACUGAACCCAGAUGGCCCAGGCAGAGGCAAGUUGUGGCCCCUGUUGACCAUGACCCACGGCAGCCUCAUCCUGGCCUGUUUGUGCCAGAUGGAGGCCUCUGCCAGCUCCAGCCAGCCUCCCAUUUCAAACCAGGCCUCCGUGUGCCAAGCCAUCGCGUUCCUAUCUGACCUCCAAGCCUUCCUGUUGCCCGGAAGCAAAGCGUCGGAUCAGGACACGCUUGCAUCACGCCUUGACCAGCUGCCCUCUGUCUUCUCUCACAUUUGUCCCCUGGGGACGCCCAAUGACACGCCGCGCUCGGCCGCGGUGGUCCCACCGCAGGCGGUGCCCGCCGCGUCGAGCGGCUCUCAGAAGCAGCCCGCCUGGAAGUCUGGGCUGCACAAGGGGAAGUCCACCGUCAGCGUGUCUGUUACAGAGACUGUGAGGUCCAUGCAGUACGGCAGUCACGACAAACAAGAUCUGUGGGACGUGUAUGGAAAUGUCAUGUGUAAGUGUGAAGUGGAGGGAGUCCAGCCAAGCAUCACGGUCACGUUAUCGCUGCCCCCCAAUGGCUCCCCGCUGCAAGACAUCCUGGCGCACCCCUGUGUCAGCGCCCUGGACACCAGCACCCUCACCUCCAGCAGCAUGGACCCAGGGGACGGAUCCACCUUUUCAGGCCCCUACAAGUUCCCCUUCUCGCCGCCCCUCGAGCCCUUCAGGCUCUGCAGCUACACCUCCCAGGUUCCAGUUCCACCAAUCUUAGGAACAUAUCAGCUGAAGGAGGACAAUGGUCAAGUACAGUUGAACGUUCUCUUGAAGCUCCAUGAAAGUGUGACAAACUCUUUUGAAUACUGUGAAGCCCACCUGCCCUUUUUCAACAGGUGUCAGAUGGGCAGUUUAGAUGUGAAGGUGACCUCAGGCCAGCUGGAGGUGUCCAAAGAGAAGAACCUUCUAGUCUGGGUGUUAGGACAGAAAUUCCCCAGGUCUCGAGAAGUCACCCUUGAAGGAACUAUCAAUUUCUCUGGUCAGACUGCAGGCCCUACUGAUCCCCUCUGCACUGAUGCCACAGCUUAUGUCAAGCUGUAUUUUCGUAUUCCUGACCAGACUUUAUCAGGGUGUUCAGUGGAUCAACAUUCUGUGCAGCUCUAUUCUUCAACAAAACCUAAAGUUGUUACAUCUCGGGAUCUGGUGUCUUCAGAGUACUACAUCUGGAACUCCACAGGACACACUCCCAUGUUGCCUAGCUCUCUCACCAUGUAAUGUGGUACACUGUACAAAUGUCAUUUGUAAUGGCAAAAGUUACAUUAAACAAAUAUGUCAGGAAUAGGUGUGUUUGAAAUCGUGUCACCAGCAGUAUUGAGCAUAAUGCUGAAAACUAUGAUUCUGUUAAAGGAUAACUUCUCACACAAUACAUUGUUCGUUGUCCUUAAUCUGUUCUAAUUUAAACAUGUUUGUUGGCCCUGCCGUGGCCACACGGUAGGGCACUCGUCUACCAUGCGGCUGACCCGGGUUCGAUUCCCGGCCCGCGUCCUUUGCCGGCCCUUCCCCGUCUCUCUCCCCACUCACUUCCUGUCGCCACCUUCACUGUCCUAUCAUAAAUAAAGUCAAAAAGACCAUGUUUGUUUACAUAAAUUUGCUAAUCUACAAAUGAAGACAAUGUUAAUAAAAAACUGUUUUAUUACAUUGCA